UUACAUUUCUCAAAGAGACUAAGAGAACGAAACAUAACGAGAAAAGCAACAACAAAAAAAAUUGACGAAAUCAUUUUUUUUUAUUAAUCAACAUGUGUUGUGUGAGUGUUUAUGUGUGAAAAGAGAAACAGGAAUAGAUGCUGUUUGUUUCGUUUUUGGCAUCAAUCCAAAAUGGACUUUUUUUCGGUGUGUGAGAAGAAAAAAAAAUUUUCUUGUGAAAACAUCAAUCGAUCUAUUCAUCCAUAGCCAUCGGUUUAAAUAAAAAUCUGAUCGAGUGUUUCUGCUGCUGUUGUUCAAAGUAGUCCAAAGUGACCGAAAUAAAAAUGUUUGUGACAAUUUUCAUCACCGUUUCAAUAAUCACGACAAUCAUUCUGAUUAUGAAUUCGAUACUAUUACCAUUAUUCCGUUAUCUAAAACGACGUAAAUUUAUUUGGACAACAAAUGAUGGUCAAUAUUGGGCUGUUGUAACAGGUGCAACCGAUGGUAUUGGUUUUGAAUUUGCUCGACAAUUAGCACGAAAAGGUUAUAAUCUUAUGAUGAUUAGUCGUAAUGAAGAAAAAUUGGCAUUGAAAAGCACGAUGAUUUUAGAACAAUAUCCAUCAAUAAAAAUUGAAACAUUAGCUGUUGAUUUUCAAUAUCAGGAUAUUUAUCAAAAAAUUGAACAAUUCCUAAGGAAACAUCAAGAUAUAUUCAUAUUGGUAAAUAAUGUCGGUACUUUUACAAUCAAUGGUCAAUUAUUCAAUAAUGAAACCAGUGAAUUACAUCAACAAAUGAUGGAUAUCAAUCUGACAAGUACAAUACGUAUGACUGAAUUAAUAUUACCAAAAAUGUUAUCGAAACGUCGUGGUCUUAUUAUCAAUGUUUCAUCAAUGAUUACCGAAUAUUCGGGAUAUAAACAAACAAUGUAUGCAGCUACAAAGUCAUUUCAAGCCGCAUUUUCACGUUCAUUAAUGAAAGAAUGUCAAUCGAAAAAUGUACUCAUUUUCACCCUGUUACCGGCAACUGUUGCAUCAUCUACGUUGACAUUUAAAAUAAGUUUAUUGGUACCAACAGCACAAACAUAUGUCUAUCAGGCAUUACGUUCUAUAAAUUGGACAGUGAAAGAAAGUUAUGGUUAUGUACCACAUACAAUUCUAGCUUUCACGAUUAAAUUUUUUGCAUUUAUAUUUGGCCAAACAAAAGCCAAUGAUAUAAUUGACAUGAUAUUUGAAAAUGUUUAUAAGAAAAAACUUAAAACAUCGUUGGAUAUCGGUAAUUUAUUACGAUUGAUUCGAUUGAUGUCAAAAUGUUUGAUUUAUGGUCCAGAUUUUAAUAAUAACGAUGAUGAUUAUUAAAAAUGGUACCCUUAUCACAAUCACAAUAAUCGAACAACAACUGAUUUUAAAAAAUGAUCACAAUUUGUCGUAGUAGUAUGUAGUAAUGAAUGUAAUUUGAUAUCAACAACCUUUGUGUAUGCCACUACCAUUUUUUAUACCAUAGUUUUUUU